AGGAAAACUGUUUCAAAUGAAGAGAGUAAAUCAGAUUGACAUCACACCUACACUGGCUGUCUUGUUUGGUUUAUCCAUUCCAAAGAACAGGUAAGGAUGCAACCUCGUUCCCAGGUUUUUGAUUUGUAUGGAUGUCAAUGACUGCAAAACCUCAACCUAUAUACUGUACGUGAAGACUAUACAAUGUAUAAUAUGCCCUACCUUUAUUGGAUGGCCACAAGUCAUUCGUAUACUGUCUAUUAAUAAUACACAAUGCAAAUAGCGGUUGACAUUUCAUGGUUUUAACUUGCAUGAGGAUAAGCGCAAUUACAUUUAGCUGUCUAUUCUUGACUCAUUGUAUAACAGUCCAAAGACAUCUGGCAUAAUGAUUAUUUCUCUUGUUCAGCAUUGGAAUUGUUAUUCCUGACUUGCUCACACGGUACUCUGUUAAGGAACGCUUGGAGGCACUUCGUAUGAAUGCUGUACAGAUCUCUAAUGUUUACCAGUCCAACACAGAUAACGAGUCUGCCAUUGAUCUAGAUUUAGCUGUAAGACUUCACGAAGAAUGGCUGAGAGACUGCGACAACAAAACCCGCAUUGAUCUAGACGUUCGUGCCGAACAGAUAUCCAAGCUUUACUAUUCAGGAAUGCAGGUGAUGACCGAGAAGCUGACGACAUUUAUGUCCUCGUACGACUUUUAUGCUCUUUAUAUUGGGAUAUGGCUUUUGGUACAGUCUCUAUUGGGUUCUGUCUCCUUACACGUCGACCUAUUACCCCAGGAUUUAUCCAAGUUUAUUGGCGUACAUUUUCCCACUUUGUCAAUUACAUUUUUGGUGAUCGUUUGUCUAACUGGCUGCAUUCAUGUCCAUCUUUGUUCAACUCAAGGAUUAGGUAAUUUAUUUUGGUUUUUAAAAGAUCUUUACGUUACUUUUUGUAUCCCAAAGGUUUCUCUUAUUCGCAGUGCAUGGUGCCUAAAUUACUUUGAAUUUGUACUCAAGUAAAAGUAGAAGUAAUUAACAAUAAAACGACUUGAGUAAGAGUAAAAAGUACUGGAAGCAAAACGUACUUAAGUAAAAAGUACAAAGUAUCCUUAAAAAAUACUUGAAGUACAAAGUAAAAGUAAAAGUACUAUAUAUUGUAUGUAGCGUGUAGAGGGGCUGGUGGGGACUUCUCCAAUGGAUUGAUAUACAAAAGAUUAUUUAUACAAUAUUUCACGGCAUGGUCUACUUUCCAGACCCCGCGUUGUCGUUGAAGAUAUAAGGAAAUCCAUUAAAUAAAUCAUGCUUAUAAGUAAGCGGCAAACGAGUGAUCCCAGACGCAUGUAGAGGUCGUAUUAUCUAUUCCAAAACUAAAAUAAAUCAGAAAUAAAUCACGUAAAAUUAAACAAAUGUUAGAAAGUAACGAAAUACUUCACCACAAAAUGAAAAUAACGAAGUAAAACGUUACUUCUUAAAACGACUCCGUUCCAAGUAAAAGUACUCCAGAAAAAGUUUACUUUGUUACAUGCUGACUUCUCAAAAAUAGUACUUAAGUACAGUAACGAAGUACAUUUACUUCGUUAAUUGACACCACUGCUUAUUCGAGACAUUGCACAAAUAAUGAUUAUACUGUAUACCAUAUCAUGCAAGGAAUAUUGCUAUACUGUAUUUCGACGUAUUCAAGUAAAGUGCCAAUGAAGGCAUCCGUACUGUACUUUAUUGCACUAAACGGCUAUUACUUCUUUACCAGUAACCAUAUAUGAAAACCUACUACGAUUUAUAUAUCGUACUAAACAUCUAUUUGGCGAUCCAGACAUGCAUGCUCACUAAAUAAAUGGUAAAAUUCGGGUUUAGUAACUUACAAAGAACUUAUAUACAUACUCGAAAUUUUCAAUUAAACUUGAUUGAUCAUGACAAUUUUUUAUCUUUGUACAGGAACAAGUGAGGUGCUCUGUGUCCCUUCGAUGCUAUCUUUUUUACUAUCAUGUAUUUUUAUUGUAUCAACUGCGAUCACAUUAUUGGGUUUGAUGAUCAUUCUUAUCAACAUGAUUGCUUUUGGAUUACCGACGUGGUUCCACACAUCUUCCGUAGUAAGUAUUGAACCCGUUACUUUCCUUGUCAUCGGAUUACUACUACACAACAUAAGUUUACUUUCCACAAGUUUUAUAGAGGAGGAACAUCAGACAUGGUAUUUUUUGACAACUACAUAUCACCUAAUGUUAUUAUAUAAGAUACAUAUUAAGAGGAAAAGUACAUCAUAUUCCAACGAGGAGGAAACGUCACCCAAUGACUCUCCUCUUAAUGCAACAUCUUCAACGGGAAAUCUUGUAACAGACAAAGUUAAAAAUCGAGGAAUAGCAAAAGAUCACGUUGGUAGAAGAACUGACCGUAAUCGUAAAAGAACAUCAGUUUAUAUGGUUAUUUUGCUGUUAUGUGCUAGAACACUACGGAGUUGGAAUCAAACUGGGAUAAAAUGGGCUGACCAACCUGAUGUUGAGGAUUGGUUAGUGAAUCCUGAAAAUAAGACUGUACUCUCUUUACUUACCAUCAUUUCUUUCGUUGGAAUAACUUUGAACAUCUUUUAUAAAAUUGAAAGAAAUCGAUGUGGUCUAUUUGAGUUUAUUGUCUUCACAGCCGGCGAGGUAGGCGUGUACCUUUAUAGAGCUGCUACAGGUUGUGUUAACCUUCUCUGGAGCCCGGGAACUCCUCAAGCUGGCAUACACUUUGCUCAAUUUGUUCACCUCUGUGUACUAGUCUUGGUAUUAAAAUCAUUGUUUCGAUUAUACUAUGAUAGAAGAAAAGGAUAUCCAAUGCAGGGAUCACCUUUGGAAGUGCUUGUUACUGGUUAUGUGUUAUUAAUUACACUUCUUUUAAGAACUCAUAACAUCCCACUUGUCGCCUUAAUGCUUGUGCAAGUUCAUGUUCACCGUGAAGUUAUAUGGAAAAGGUAGGGGUGUAUAUACUAUUAACUAUAUUUUAACUGUUGUUGUUAGUAGUCAUUAGGGCCGCAAGUCCUCCCCAAAAAUUCCGGCUGCCACGCAGGCUACUACAGUGAAUAAACUGUGGUGAAUGAAGUGGUACGUCUUAUAGUACGUACCCCAAUAUUUUCUUAAUGCGAGUGCUCUCUUUUUGUGACGUGUGGCCAUUAGGAGGAGUAAAAUACUCUGAGUGUCUACACACCGGACAAACUGAAACAUUACUUGACCGCGGCGGAAAUCGAACCUGCAACAAUGGGCUUGCUAGUCCAAUGCUCUACCAGUUGAGCUGCGAGGUUGAGUUGGUUCAAGCAAGCCAAUGAUCACGUGUAGUUGGCCCACUGAACUCUAUAAAUGCUGGAACGAUAACUCGGGCUUGAUUUUUGAAGCGAAGAUGGCGGGAUUUGAAGGCCGUCUUCUAGGUAUGAUCCAGGCCCCUGCGCGGAAAUUCACUAAAUUCAGUAAGAAAAAACUGGUCUUAUUUCAUGUAAAAGUUUCAUAUUUUUCAGCCAAUUGUUUGUUUAGUCGGGCUUUACUAUGCCGCUAGGAUACUAGUACAAAUGGUCUAACUUUCAGAAUAAGUAAAUUUAGAAAUACUUCGUCAUAAAUAGUAAAGUUAUCUCGUGAGUGAAAAACAAGUUCGGAAUAAAAAGCAAUUUCUUGGUUUUUUUGGGCUAUCUAUGUGGGAUUUGAAAAGAAAACAGAAUGAUAUGGACUGCAUUUGCAUCAAUCUUACCUUUUUGUUUAGUUUUUGGCUUUUAGUUUUUGGCUUUUAGUUCUGAAAAUUAGCAUUUUUGUGCAAAAAUUGAAAAACAUCGAUCGGAAAACUUUAGUCAUUUUUCAGCUCCCGCGAAGCACACGAAAAAAACGCAUGUUUUAUACCUACAAGAGAACACUCUAUAAGCCGCCAUCUUGGCUUCACGCAAUCAUAGGGCAGUUUAUCUGCAGUUAUCGUUCCAGUUAUAAUAGAGUUCACUGAGUUGGACUGACAAACCAAUGAUCACGUGUAGUUAGACUAGCAAACCAAUGAUCGCGUGCAGUUGGACUAGCACUGAAACCAAUAAUCACGUGUGGUUGAACUAGCAUACCAAUGAUCACGUGUGGUUGGACUAACAAACCAAUGAUCACGUGUGGUUGGACUAGCAAACCAAUGAUCACGUGUGGUUGGACUAGCAAACCAACGAUCAAGUGUAAUUGAACUAGCAAACCAAUGAUCACGUGUAGUUGAACUAGCAAACCAAUGAUCACGCGUAGUUGAACUAGCAAACCAAUGAUCACGUGUAGUUGAACCAGCAAACCAAUGAUCACGUGUAGUUGAACUAGCAAACCAAUGAUCACGUGUAGUUGAACUAGCAAACCAAUGAUCACGUGUAGUUGAACUAGCAAACCAAUGAUCACGUGUAGUUGAACUAGCAAACCAAUGAUCACGUGUAGUUGGACUAGCAAACCAAUGACCACGUGUGGUUGAACUAGCAAACCAACGAUCAGGUGUAGUUGAACUAGCAAACAAAUAAAUGAUCACGUGUAGUUGAACUAGCAAACCAAUGAUCACGUGUAGUUGAACCAGCAAACCCAUGAUCACGUGUAGUUGGACCAGCAAACCCAUGAUCACGUGUGAUUAGACUAGCAAACCAAUGAUCACGGGUUUGAUCCCACCACAAUCAAGUAAUUUUUCAGCUUGUGUGUGAGGAGCGUCGUGGAAUAGCGUCAUUCAAUCCCACAAUAAUUAGACUUUAUAUACUAUCACAAUGUAGAGUUAGGUGCAGUUUGAAAAGGUCAAUACAUUUAUUAAACAUAGCAAUCAUUACUCACUAGGAUUACUUCAUUAACUCUUUCUCCUUAUUUAGAUGUGACAGCAAUGUGGAGAUAAUCUUAAGUGCUUACUAUAUUGGUUGGUUUACGUACUUUGCACUAGGGAAUUCCAACAGUUUAGCUACGGUUGAUAUUGGAGCAGGUUAUAUUGGCUUGGGUCAAAAUUAUUGGCCUGCCUUUGUUGGCUUAUUCACAUCCCUGGCAACAUUCUCUGGACCUUUAUUUUGGUUGAUGCAAGCGGUGAUGUUUAUUCAGAAUAAACAUAAUUCCAGUAACAGGUAAAUUUUUGCGCUUUGCUUUUUCCGCCCGUGAAGAUAUUUAUUUCUGACUGGCUAAGAGUUAGAGGUCCCUUCUCCCGUCAUCAGGACUGGUGUUGACGUACAGUACAUGGAGUAUGUCUACUCGUCUCAUCAUCAGUUGAUUUGACUGACUGUCUCCCUAGAUUCACGGGUGGAAGUGGAAUAAUGACUAAUCAAUAAUAGGUUGAAUAUGUAAUUUAAUAUGUAAUGUAACUUGCACCGAUGACACGAGUUGCAGUCGCUGAAAACUGUAAAGGAUUGUCCAUUGAAGUUAGAUUACUGCAUGUAAGAAUAACCCGCGCUGUACUAAACUCCCUGUAAUCAAUGUCGUGGAACGCGUAGUGGUAGCAAACCCUGCAAAUCUAACAACCAUUUAACUUUGAGCGACGAAUGAGCGAAUUUAAAAGAAACAUCCUUUCAGAUUCUAACAUACCAUGGGAAAACGACCAUGGACAUGCGGUAGGGAGAUCUAUAAGUAUAAAACUAUCCUAUGCAUACACUACACAUGCUCUACAAAUGCACUUGUCCCAGCAUGCGACAAGUAAUCGUGCUUUUCUAAUAACGUCUAUCCUGCCUCUCAAACAGGUCUACUUCAGUAUUUGGUGGUAGUCAAGUCUUUACUGUUCUUCUGAUGAUCAAAUCAUUCAACCUCACAGUGUGUACGAUAUUAUCCUGGCUCAACUGUUAUCAUUUAUUUGUCUGGAGUGUUUUCUCGCCAAAAUUGUUGUAUGAAGGGGUUGUAAGUCUUGUUUUAGGUGCUUUUAUUUUAACUGUUUCUACACUUAUGAAAAUUUAGAAAGAUACGAGUGGUCCUCUACUUGCAACAUUGUAUACUCUAAAAUGAACUUGUAUCUGUUAUUUAAAUUAAUCAGUUUCUCGACCAAUCGUAUAUUUAAUACUGUAUAUAGUACCGUACAAUAUUUCUCUGCAGUUUGAAAUGAAAGUAUUGACAGCUUUUCGAAGGUAUCGCAAUUUUUAAGUUUAAUGUUCAUUGCACUCAAGUAACAGUAUCUUAACAAUUCAUGUGGUACAAUUUCAAACUCAUGCGACUGCACAGAUGAAUUGCAAGACUUGCUUCUUCAGGUGUAUCUUAUUUGCUUGCCCGCAGACCCAUGACGCAGAAAAUUGGAGGAGCCUGCAUGCACAGGAGGUUGUAAUAUCACCUGACCUGCGAACAGGCAUACUCUGGGUACAUGAUUGAUUGUGGCAAUAACAAAGUGGCGUGCAAAAUGCCUUGAUAAAAUUAUUAUGGAGAUUGUAAAUUAUCAUUACCUGUGGAUAACUAAGGCCGGAUUUUCCUGUAAAUGUUGGGGAAGGUGGAGGAGGUACAGGUAUAUCGGUGCGGACUUUUGGGCUUUAAGGCGUCCCCCCCCCCUCUCCCCCCAAUGUAUUUAUAUGAAUUGUGCGACUGUAUGACUCCUCCAAUUUUCCCCUUCGUUUAAUGUUGCAUUAAUUAAAAGGGUAGUUGGCAUGGAGGUGAAUGAUUAUCAAUUUGUCAAUGUUAUAGAAAAAUUACUUUAUUUCAAGUAGAAAUUUUACAGUAAAUGUAGAACUUAAGCAAGUCAUAAAGAUUCAAUAACAAACAAAGUGAACUGUGAAGUUAAUGUUAACGUAAUGCGUUCAAACGGCUCAUUCACGACCUCUGUCCAUCACAAAUGCACUUCAACUGGCUUAUUCACAAACUUUGAUAGCUUUAUUCCAAUGAUGUACAAAAAAGGUCUCCUCUUCUCUCUUAUAUCUCGAUAUUUCAACAUUUGUUUUUCUUACAUAUCUUUCCAGUCUGAAAUGGAAAAUUUUAAGAAAACCUUUUCUUCCAAUGGUUAUCCUAAAGCACUUAUAGAUAGUUGCAUUAGGACAUUUCUUGACAGGAUUUACAACACCAAGGCCAAGGUCCAUACAUGUUCCAAGAAAAUUGUUUACUUUUGCCUUCCUUUCACUGGACAUCAUGGUCUUCAUAUCCGUACACAACUUAGUAAAGUUCUUGCUUCUGCUUAUCCACAUAUUUCCAUACGUGUUGUUUUCCGUCCUUCUUGUCGCCUUUCUAGUUUCUUUCCAUUCAAAGGCAGGAUUCCCAUUGCCCUGAGAUCACUUGUUGUGUAUCAGUUCACGUGUCAAUGCUGUAGCGCAUUGUAUGUUGGCCAAACACGCCGACACAUUCACACACGUAUCUCAGAGCAUAUGGGAGUCUCGCCUUUGACUGGAAAAGAACGCUCUAUCUCAACCACGUCUGGUAUACUCGCUCACAAACACACGCACAAACACCCAGUCUCUGCUUCCGAUUUCAAAAUUCUAUCAUCAGGCACUUCUGAAUGGGAUCUUCUUAUCCGUGAAAGCCUAUUAAUUUCUCAAAUUAACCCUGUCCUUAAUGCUAAUAUUAGAUCUACCCCUCUUGAGUUAUUUUAGUUAUGUAAUAUUAACCUUAACUAUACUAACCAUGCAAUUAACAUUAAUCUUUACUUAUUAACUUGUUACUGAUAAGUUGUUUUCC